AUGUCUGGCCUUGAGAAGGCUCUCUUCAACCUCAAGUUCACUUCCAAACAACUCAAUAGGCAAGCUGCCAAAGCCGACCGAGACUCCCGCGCCGAACAAGCGAAGCUCAAGAAAGCCUUGACUCAAACCCCGCCUCAACCCCAGAUCGCUCGUCUCUAUGCCACAAACUCGGUGCGCAAUUCCCAACAGCGGAUCCAGCUCCUGACAUUGGCGGCUCGUAUCGACGCCGUAGCCGCCCGUGUGCAAACAGCCAUAACCAUGCGCACCGUGACUGCCUCCAUGGCUCAGACCGUCAAGGGGAUGGAUGCUGCAUUGAAGAACAUGGACUUGGAAAAGAUAGGAGCUGUGAUGGAGAAAUUUGAAUCCCAAUUUGAGGAUCUCGACGUGGUUACAGGCUACUACGAGGGUGUCGCAGGUGGCGUCGAGAGUCAACAGGUCGGUGUGGAAGGUCAGAGUGAGGUUGAGGCUCUGAUGAGCCGGGUCGCCGACGAAGCGGGAGUAGAGCUAUCCCAGGAAAUGCAGCAGAAUGUGCCGGAGCAGGAGUUACCAGCAACUGAAACUGCAGAGAGGGCGAAACUAGAGGAAGGCUUGGGAGACAGACUGAGGGCCCUGAGGAAUUGA